AUGUGCAGUCUCAAGGCUUCCAUGCUGGAACGUUUGGAAGAUGGCAGGGUUAAAGAAAACAUACAACAAUGGAUGAUAUCUCCACAACGACCUGCAGCCAUGGUCAAGCGGAAGCAUGUUCUUGUGGACGAUGAGGCGGAUAAGGAUGUUGACCUCCAUCGUCAAGAUGCAACCAGCUUUAGCUAUCGACGAUCUGGGCGUCUAAGGUCACUAGUUGAAACCACGCCUUCCGAGUCACAGAAACGGCCGUUCGCUUCGACGGAUAUGGCGUCUGCAACCUCUCAGGCCGUUUCAACUACACGGGAAGACAACGCAAGCUUUCUGCGAGGUUCGAAACGUAUUCGCAGCACGCAGCACGCUCCUCACCAAGAUCCUACACCGAGCGCGAUUCAAGAAUCCCUGGAAGUAGAGCAUUGGGAAAGGGAAGAAAAAGCUAUUCCCGGGGAAAACGGUCCUGCCGACAACCUCGUCCUCGCCUCCUCUUACAAUCUCUCCACCCACCAAAACUCCUCCACCUCCUCCACCCAAAUCUGUUCCUUCCCAUCCUUCUCUCUCCACGUCAUCAAAAUCCCUUCAGGAAGCUCCCAUGAACUUCCAGCCACAUCAGACGUGUCGUCGUCGUCGUCGUCACCUUCCCGAAAACGAGAACAUCAAACUCGUAUGUGCACUGUUAUAGCUGGCAAGUUGCGAGUUAAGAUGAAAGCAGUGGAGGACGAGACAGAGGGUAAGGAGUUCAAUAUUGGAGUGCAUGGCUUGUUGAAGUUGGAAAAGGAGAUGGGGUGUAAGCUUGAAAAUUGGGGGUAUAAUGAGGCGGUUUUGCAGGUCGUGGGUGUUGGGGGAGAGUAG